UGAGCAAUCAACAACUCCAUAAUAUAUAUAUAUAUAUACACCCUUUUAUAGAAAUUUGAUUUUCUUGGUUGCGCAACAAAUUCGCGAUUUCUUUCCCGUUUCCGUAUCGAGUUUUCUGUUCCUCAUUCAGGAUUUUUUGUGCUUGUUCUUGUUGCUUGAGGCGGUGGUGGUGUAGACAAGGUUAAAAUGGCUGAACCUUUGGUGGGGAAUGUGAACCAGCUACCGAAGACUGAGGCGGGUGGGCCGAGCCAACCGCUCCCUGAGGCUGUGGGGCUAAAUGGAAAGAAGCCGGAUGUGGUGGGUUCCUCAUCAUCAAUGGCUGAAGAUAACCAAGUGGUAGUGACAGUUAACAAUGAGGAGGAAGACGAGAAUGCACCACUGAUAGGGAUGGGGGAAUGCCGGAUUUGUCAGGAAGAGGAUUCUGUAAAUAAUUUGGAGAGCCCCUGUGCUUGCAGUGGGAGUCUUAAGUAUGCUCAUAGGAAAUGUGUUCAACACUGGUGCAAUGAGAAGGGAGAUAUUACUUGUGAGAUUUGUCACAAGCAAUAUGAGCCUGGUUAUACUGCCAUACCACGUCCUCAGCCUGAUGAAACUACCAUUGAUAUAGGUGGAGUAUGGCAAAUAUCUGGCACACCACUAGACAUGCAUGAUCCACGUCUUCUGGCAAUUACUGAGGCUGAGCGUCAGUUGUUUGAUGCUGACUAUGAUGAUUAUAACAACGCUAACAGCAGUGGCGCUGCCUUCUGCCGUUCAGCUGCUCUGAUUUUAAUGGCUCUUUUGCUACUGAGACAUGCACUGUCCAUCACCGAUGAUGGGGAUGCAGACGGAGAGGACGACGCAUCAACUUUCUUAUCUCUUUUCUUGCUUCGAGCCGUUGGAUUUCUUAUGCCUUGCUACAUCAUGAUCUGGGCCAUAAGCAUCUUGCAACGUAGGAGGCAAAGACAGGAGGCUGCAACACUAGCGGCUGCACAGUUCGCAAUCAUGGUUCAAUCAGCACAAAGCAGAGGCCUCAUCGUCACCUCAGCCGCACCAGCAGUCACUCCGUUGGCCACUCCCCAUGCUGCUGGCCCUUCACAGGCCGUGCCUCAGCAGGAGCACGUCUGAUCCAACAAUAGUUUCCUCAUCUCUCUCUGCCCAUUCAAGGCAUGUGGGAGUUGUGCUCCAAUCUCAGCGUUUGCAGUCGACUCUUUUGCGGUUAAUUUCAUGUUAAAUUUUCAAUGUGAGACUUGGCUCUGUUACAUUACAUGUGUAUAUGAUUUAUGAAUUUCUGACCGUGAGAUGAGCUGAUCAACGGCGUUUUUCGACUAAGGUAGACGUUUGCCUACUCAGGACAGAACUCCUCCCAGGAAAAAAAACCCAAAAAAUGUACUGAUGAAAAGUGUACGUAUUUGAUGUACCUUGCUAGUGUAAUAAUAUGUAUUUUGGCAAUUUAUUUCUUUGUUUUGCCAUUUUGUUCUUUCGAACGUUGUUGGUGGGAAUGUAUAUAUGUCUUUCAACGA